AUGUAUGAGGAAUUUUUUGAAUCGGAUUUGGAUAUGCGUAAACUGAAAUGGAAAUCUUGCAUUCAAGAUAUGGAUCUCUAUACAAAAUUAGGAGCAAAUUUCGUAAUGAUAAAAUCCAUAACUCGAAAAGACAACCUUAAUGAGGUAGAUUAUUUUUCAGUAUCUAUUUUAAGUUAUAUCUUGAUUAUUAUAUUAGUUAUAUCAGAGAUCAAAUAUUAUUCUGAGACACAGUUCAAAUUUCAAUAUGGUGUAGAUACAGAUUUUGAUAGCAAAUUAAAAAUUAAUGUAGACAUAACAGUAGCAAUGCCAUGUGACACAAUAGGUGCUGAUAUUUUAGAUGUAACUAAUGAAAACAAUGUUCAAGCUUUUGGUAAAUUAGAAGAACACCCAACACAUUUUGAAUUAACACCUCAACAAAGGGCUCACUGGUUGACAAUGCAGAGAAUAAAUAUCUAUAUUAGAGAACAACAUCAUGCUAUUCAAGAUUUACUUUGGAAAGAAGGAUAUACAAAUCUUUUACGAGGACUUCCUGCAAGGGAGAUACCUGCUACUGGAGAUUUUGAUGCCUGUCGUUUGUAUGGCACAUUAAUAGUAAACAAAGUUGCUGGUAAUUUUCAUAUUACGGCAGGAAAGCACAUUCCACAUCCAAUUGGACAUGCACAUUUAUCAGCAUUCCUUACAGAUAAAGAUUAUAACUUUUCUCAUCGGAUUGAAAUGUUCUCAUUUGGCGACCCCAUAAGUGGUAUUUUUGAUCCUUUAGAAGGAGAUGAGAAAAUAACCGAUAAAAAUUUCCAACUAUAUCAGUAUUACUUGAAAAUAGUUCCAACAGAGGUUUAUUCUGGAAAUCAUGAAGUUAAAACAUAUCAAUACUCGGUUACCGAACAAGAACGUGAAAUCAAUCAUGAUUCUGGAAGUCACGGAAUUCCUGGUAUUUACUUCAAGUAUGACAUGUCGUCAGUUAAAGUAAAAGUAAUAAAACAUCGCUCAUCCUUUUGGCAUUUUUUAGUGAGAUUAUGUGGAAUUGUUGGUGGCAUUUAUGCUACUUCAGGUAUAGUAAACAACAUGGUGAGUUUUAUAGUAAGUAUAUGCAGUAGCAAACCUGCCAAAGAACCCACUUACUCUAAACUUGUCAAAUUAGAGAAUCUCGAAACGCAUAACUUAAACAACAGUCUGAACAAACUCAUGACAGAACAACCUCAAAACAAUGUGUCGUUAAUUGAGAACCCAUUUUAUAACAACGUUAGGCUGUUUUCUGAUAAUAAUUCUUAGCAUUAGUAAGUAAAGUACAGAUUUUUAAAAUAAGCCCAUUCUUCAAAUGAUGAAGAUAACAUGUUGCCAAAAUGUACAGUUGUUAUC